ACGGCGCCGUACCUGGAUAUGGGCGAGCUGCGUUCCCUCGCCUGCGACGCCCUCCUGCAGGAGAGCUUCUACCAGAAUAAGAAGCGGCCGUUCCUUUACCGCGAUCAGGAUCACACGCCCGGCCCGUUCCUUACGCAGCUCGUCUCCACUCUCGCCGCUUUCCUGUGCGGUCGUAACCCUCUGCUGGCGGCCUCCUCCCUUGAUUUAAAACCUGAAGUUAACUAUUACUGGCAUCAUGGUGAGGAAGUUGUUGUUCAUGGACAUCGAAAGGGUAGAGUUGAUCCUGUCCGAUUUCAGAUAGAUGAUAACCCACACCUCCAGAUCCGUGUACCAAAGCAACUUCCAGAGAUUGUACCGCUGGAAUCAGAUCUUGGAGAUGUUCCUGUUAUUGACCACAAACCAUCCAAACUGCCGUUGUUCAAAAAGCAGUAUGAAAACAAGGUAUUCAUAGGAUCAAAGGUAGCAGAUCCAUGCUGUUAUGGACACACCCAGUUUCAUCUUCUUCCUGAUAAACUAAAACGUGAGAGGUUUAUAAGAGUGAAUCUUGAGGAUCAGAUUGAAGUUCUUUAUCGAGCUAAUGGUAUUGCAAGUCUCUUUGCCUGGACAGCAGCACAAGCCAUGUAUCAAGGAUUCUGGAAUGAAGCAGAUGUGACCCGUCCUUUUGUAUCACAAGCAGUAGUGACUGAUGGAAAAUACUUUGCUUUCUUUUGUUACCAGCUAAAUACUUUAGCGCUAACUGUAGAAACUAUUCAAAAUAACCCUCGGAAGAAUAUCUGUUGGGGUACAGACAGUAAGCCAUUGUAUGAUGUUGUGGAAGAUGGUAGUGUGAAAGGCUUUAAUGAUGAAGUUCUGCUUCAGUUAGUUCGUUUUCUGUUGAACAGACCAAAAGAGUUGUAAAUUAUUAAACAAUAAAGUAUUCCGGUUUAUGUGCCUGAACUUCAUUGUAGCUCCAUGAAGCAUGGGCUAGAAUAUGUCUUGUUCUUAGGCAAGUAUUUGUCUAGCAAACACUAUAUACAUCUUUUAUGAUAUUUGGGCCUUAUUUCUUUAUUUCAAAUGUAUGAUACUGUACACUGAAAAAUAAAUGUCUAGAAUACCUUAACGUCUUUUGUA